AUGCCGCCGAAAAGAAAAGUGCCGUCACUCGGCCUCGAGCGUCGGGUGCGAGCAAGACGCGAAGACAGAUGGGAGCCGCAGCCAGAAUCGGAACAAGACCCUUCUGAUGACGACGGGCCGGCCACGGCGGGGAUCAGCCGUCGCCGCAGCAGCGACGAAGACGACGACGACGACGACGACGACGACGAACAAGACGACUCCCAAGGGAGUGAAGCAACGAACCAGUCCGACGACCAAGACGACGACACGCCCACGCCCAAAGUCGACCUGAAAUCCAUCUCGUUCGGCGCCCUCGCCCGGGCACAAGCCUCCCUCCCCACGCCGGCCCGGAAACCCAACACCCCCCAGCCGUCCUCCCAGCCCUCCCGAGAGCCCGGCAGCUUCCGCUCCAAAAGGGCCUCGACGACGGCGCCCCCCCGACGCUCCUCCAAACACGCACCCCUCGAACAGAGCUCCAAGCGGCCCGUCAGCCGCAUGCGCGGCGUCGUCCCCGACAACCGCCUCAAGGCCCGCGAUCCGCGCUUCGACCCGGCCGUCAGCCGCAUCGGCAAGCUCGACGAGGCCAAGGCCCGCCGGGCGUACGCGUUCCUCGACGCCUACCGCGACAGCGAGAUGGCCGACCUGCGGGCGCAGAUCAAGCAGACCAGGGACGACGGCGCAAGGGAGACGCUCAAGCGGCGCCUCGCGUCGAUGGAGUCCAAGAAGAAGGCCCGCGCCGCCAAGGACGAGCAGGACCGGCUGCUGGCCGAGCACAGGAGGAAGGAGAAGGAGCUGGUGGCGCAGGGCAAGGCGCCCUUCUACCUCAAGAGGAGCGAGCAGAAGAAGCAGCUGCUGCUGAGCAGGUACGACAAGAUGAGCGAGGGCCAGGUGGACAGGGCCAUUGAGAGGAAGCGCAAGAAGGUCAGUGGGAGGGAGAAGAAGGAGUUGGACGGGCUGCAUAGGCGGCAGAGGCAGAGGUGA